AUUUGGUGACUUGAAAACCUGAAGAAAAAAAAUGUGGUGUAGGAUUGAGACAGGUUAUAUUGAUUAAACAGUUAAAAUGUAAAUGCAUUAUAAAACAUGACUAUCUCGAGCAUAAAAUGAACAAUAUUUGAGUCCAAACAAGGACAAAAUACUUUAUUUUUCUAUAAAUAUACUUAAAAAUUAUUUGGCUCUAAAUUUAAGCUGCAGAAUUCAUAUUUUUAGUUUUUUUUAUACACGAUAUAGCUGUUAGCUUAAUCCGAGACAUAACAGUUGUUUGAUGUAGUUUAGUUCUUUCCUUGUUAAACUGUGUUGUAUCGUUUCAGAGUGAUGGUGUGGAUAAGAAGAAAACGCACUUUCCUGCUAAAGUUGACUUUUUACGUUUUUUAUUUAUCAGUUGUAAUUUACAUUUUCCAAAAUUUGUUCCAUGCAUAUACUUUGAAGGAAAAGUAUAAAACUAACAAUUUGCAGAGUGAAAGUUUCGAAAGUCUCCAAUUUAAAACUAAAUUCGUUUCGGUCAAUUAUGCCUUUCUCUUACAUGAAGAAAAGAAGGUGAGAAAAAACUAUUACGCAGAUUUAAUAAGACACCAAGAAAAAAAGACGCCAAUUUAUCACCAAUAUCCGUUAAAUGUCGACUUCAAAGGGAUCUUUGAUCAGAUCAAAAAGAAGGAACCAGUUCCACUGCCUGUUAUUAAUCCUCAUCCCUUUUCUUACAUUAUUAAUCCUGAAAAAACGUGUCUGUCGUCGACAGUUACUUUGGUGAUACUCGUAAAAUCAGCAGCUUCCCAUAUGGAAAAUCGUGAUGCCAUCCGAAAGACCUGGGGUAAUAUUCCGGAUCCAGCUAUAAAAGUUGUUUUCCUAUUAGGUUCUUCUGAGUUUAACCCAAUUAUUAUUAAAGAAAAUGAUUUCCAUCACGACAUAAUACAGGAAGAUUUUCAGGACGAUUACAGGAAUAAUACAUAUAAGACAAUAAUGGCUUUCCGAUGGGCAACAACGUACUGCUCCAGCGCUCGCUUUCUUCUCUUCGUCGAUGACGACUUUUAUGUGAAUCUUCCAAAUUUGCUUUUCUUUUUAGUAAAGUUAACGAGUAAUGUUUCUCUUCUCUCGGGAUAUGUCUUACCCAUGUCCGAGCCUUUCCGUGACAAGUCCAGCAAAUGGUAUGUUCCUUUUGAAGAUUACCCAUUCCAUCGUUAUCCGCCAUAUCUGGCAGGUGGCGCUAUCAUAGCGUCCAUGGACCUUGUGCAACAGAUGACUGCAGCUUUCCCUUACGUGAAAUACUUGGUUAUUGACGAUGCAUAUUUAGGAAUUGUUGCUAACAAACUUGGGCUACACAUUUCACACAAUCGAAAAAUUACAGACAAGCAUUGCCAAGACUGGCGCCUACGCUCAAAGAUUGCAUGUCAUGGAUUUGGUAAUGCUAGUAUUCUGGUCCAAACCUGGAUUCGUUUGAAAAAUAUUACAACCAAAAACUAG